AUGGAAAGCGAAUCGUGCAAGCCAAAUUCGGAAGGUCUUCAAAUCUUGCCUACGGAGCUUCUGCUGUCGGUAUUUGAGUAUCUAGACUCCGAUGACAAGCGAGCAUUUUCAAGAUGCUCUAGGGCCUGCUAUUUCCUUACCUUUCGACUUCGGAUUCGCGGUAUCUAUUGGCAAUCGUGUUACAGCACCACGACCCCCACUUUCCUACGACGGUUCGAAGACGGACAGUCUUUCUCUCCACUUGUCAAACAUAUCAAAUCUGCUAAAUUCGAUUUCAAGACCAUUCAGGGUCUUUCCACACCGCUAACCGUAUUAUCGAAGUUCCCAGCUAUAACCAGUAUCAAAAUCUGCCUCGGCGAAACAUACUACUUAGAAAGAAAUUUAUAUGUCAGGAUCCUAUCUUUCCUCAUCACCCUUCCGUACUAUGAUAAUCUUAUAUAUCUCGGCUUUGUAUGGAGGGGUGAUGAGGUAACGAUAGAGUGGGACUCAUCUUAUGACAGGGAGCACAUCCAUGAUGACCCCCACGAACUGUAUUCCGGCGCGGUGGUGGAUAGGACCUAUACGAUCGAAGACCAGCGCGCGGAACUUAUAAAAGAGCUCCAUUCAUCUCAGUGGGAACGCCGGAGUUUUGAGUGGACGAAAGUUGCUCUUUGUGAAGAAGAAUUCCUUGGGAAAUACGUUUCACCGAUUGGGCUUAAUCAGCUAGUUUUAAGAGGUGAGGUACGCCUCCCCAAGGGCCUUCGAUCGCUUCAGCUUGGGAUACCAAAAUGUGAACCCUCAUUCUACCUGCCUUUACUUCGCUGCGAGGAAAUCACCUCCCUUUUCCUGAGUAUCCCAUCCAGAGACACGGCAGUCAGUCCGAUAUACCCCGAGCUAAACACCAUGAUCGAACUCCCGCGUAUCAAAGACCUUACCCUCUACUUCCAUUCGGCAAACUUUUUCCACUACGAAAAACUCUUGAAACAGCUACCAAGUCAAUUCCCUAAUAUAACGUCCUUGACAUCUAGAGGUGUCAAGUAUGUGGGAACGUUUCUUGUUCCACUCCCCGACUUCCCAAAGCUUGAGUCUCUUGACCUAGACGUACAUAAACUCUGGGAGAUCGAAAUUGCAGAAAACCCACUUAAGAACAGGUUGGAAAUUGGCGGUUAUCCUGAACUAAGAACGUUCAAGCUGACUGCCUUUGAGGAUGACGAGGAGGUGCAAAUAAUUUGUAGUAUUUCGAGGUUUAAGGGAUUGGAUGGCGGCAAAGAGACUUAUGGUUUCUAUUGGGAAGAACUCCGCAACGGCCACCUUAGCGCUAUGGUUCGUAAAGAAUCAAACAAUCAUGAAAAUGAAGAAGCUUAA